AUGUCAUCAAUUAAAUCAUUCAAACCAUUAUUCGAUCGUGUUUUAAUUCAAAGAUUAAGAAACUCUGAAGUUAAAACUACCGGUGGUAUUUUCAUUCCAGAUAAAGUUGGUAACAAAACUAAUGAAGCUGUUGUCAUCGAAGUUGGUACUGGUAGACGUACUGGUAAUGGUUUCGCUGUCCCACUUUUAAAGAAAGGUGAUCGUGUUUUAGUUAAUGAAUCACCAAUUGGUGAAAGAAUUAAAGUCAAUGGCGUUGAUUGCGAAAUCCUUUCAGAAAAUGAUAUUCUUGGUUUCAUGGAAAACUAA